CUUUGGGCAACUCCGAUGGUCUCAGACGAAUCGAAUGAGUCUUACUUUACGGAUGACGAAGCGACGAUGAAUAUGUCCUUCCAGACCGCGAUGAAAGAAGCUGAUCGUGCUGAAGGGAUGACACCGUUUAAGGACAUACCCGAGCACCUUAUUGAAAGGACACAAACGGGAAAGGUCAUCAACGUACGACCGCCGUCACCGAAUAGUCCCACGUCAACUCUGAAGAGGCGCGUGAAGGAUUUGGAAGAUGAACUCCACAAUAAGGAAGAUCAGACGGCGAGACGAAAACAGGAAUAUCAAGAGAGACUGACAUCGCUUGAGACCCGGCUAUUUGAGUUGGAACAACAACGGGGAUACUUGGAGAAUACAGCAGAAGAAUGGAAGGUGAAAUAUGAAAAGCAAAGGGAACUGGCCGAGGAGUAUCUGAAAAUGGUAGAUGACAGAGAAAUGGAAGGUCAUCUUGCAGUCAGUGACCUUAAUGAAAGUAUGUCAGAAGAAUCAGCUGAAAGGUCACGACACUUAGCCGAAUUGAAGGACGAGUGUGACCAGUUACGACAAAAGGUCACUGAAGCUGAAACUAAACGGGACGAAUACGCGACCAAAUUCGCAGAGGUCACACAACGGUUAACGACAUUGGCAACGGAGACGUUCAAACUAAGGAAUGACCUGAAGCUACGGGAGGAGGCUGUCAGCACUCUGCAACUAGAAUCGAAAGGUCAUCAGGAACGGGCGGACGAAGCUGAGAAGUUGCGCAAUGAUGCAAUCAAAGCGAUGCGAGAGGCAAGAGACAUCACAGCUACUGAAGGAGAACGCCUGAAAGAAGAAAUCAAAAAGGUCAACCAGGAGAAUGAAAAGGUCACAGAAGACAUUGAAAAGGUCACUAAGGAAGGACUCAAAUGGCAGAAGGAAGCACGGCGACUGGACACAAUGGUCACAACAUUGGAGCUGAAGGACAAAGAGUGGCAACAACAGGUCGCUCAAAAGAGUCAGGAGAUUGCAAAGCUGAACACUGACCUCGUCGAGAUGACCACCACAGCAUUGGCAAAAGAUGAUGAGUUGAUCGCAAUCAAGGAUCAGCUGAGAUCAGCCGCUGGGCAGUAUCAGCAACUCGAAAAUGAAACGAGUGAGCUGGUCGAGCACAUCAAAAAGAUGGAACAGGAAAAUGAAAAGGUCACCCAGCAGGAGUCUUUUAAACUGCAGGAACACUUACGAAAGGUCAACCUGGAAAAUUCUGAUCUAAAGAGAGAAAGAGAAGAACUUCAACUGAGAACUAAACGAUUGGAAGAUGAGAACAAGGCGCUCCAGACGUCUAACAAGCACAAAGAUGAACAACUCCUACAAUAUGGAGUUAAAACGGCAACAGUGGAGUCCCCCCCGCCCAGUUACAGCAAGGCGCAUGAAACGGGCACGGGUAAAAGCUUCCACUUCGACAUGCCGCUACGAACUGGUACUGGCAGAGGAAGUGUCAAAAACGAAAAGGACGGGGAAAAGGCCAAAGAUGACAAAGAGCCACCAUCGGAAAGUUACCCGCAUAUGAGUCGAGGUGACCCUUCACAAUUUCCCCCGCACAUGGAGACAAAUGUGUUCAUUGAUGAAGGACGACGGGACAGACCCCCCAGCCGGCAGGAGCGUCCAAGGAAAUCCCGUUAUGGAAAAGCGAAACGAAAUCAAAGUGAUGAUGCAAGUAGCGAAGAAGACGAUGACCAGAGGGCAGAAAUUGACACAGCGGUGCAAUUGACAAAAGCACUCAACUCGAUGGCCCGGAAAACACCACUCAUGACCUUUGACGGCAGUCGUGACACAGUGAGUGGGUGGACACGAUUGGUGAAAGAAACCCAAAGGACUUAUCAGUUGACGGACGACCAAAUCAUGAUUGAGAUAGCCAGUGCAGUGAAAGGUCCUGCAAAAACAUGGUUUGAAGGAGAAAAGGACAUCGCAGCCGAAGAUAGAAUUGAAUACUCAAUAACAGAGUGGAUGGACAAAUUCAAGGACGAAUAUGGUGAUCGAGAUGAAGAAGUCUUAGGCUUACGUGAGGCCUAUGCAAGGAAAUUUGAACUCGGAAAAGAAUCGCUGGACCAGUAUUAUCAGGCGAUGAUGCGAUUCAAAGCAAAGCGGAUCAUCACAGAGAAACAAGCAGUGGGUUUCCUGAUUGAAGGAUGUAGAGGGGACAACGAACUCUACAAAGCCCUGCGCAUACAGAAGUGCAAGACGCCAACGGAUGUGAAGGACUUCUUCCGACAUUGGGCAACGGGCGAAGAAAAAUACAAGGCACCAAAAGGUCAACGUAAUCAGGAAUACGUGACCAUCCGCCAAGGCCAAGUUGAAAACGUGCCGCAACAGAGAAUGGCAGCUGCGCCAGUCCAGCAGCCGGUUGAAUACCGCGUGGAGACUCCGGUCAGAGAGGUCACCGAAAAGGUGACUUUUAUCGACAGUCAGACGGGACAACCAAUAACAUAUGCGAUGGUGGCGGCGAUACAGGCAGCUACUCAAGUGAGACCGGCACCCCAGAAUGCGGCUCCACCGGCACCACAGAUAAUGGCUCCUGUGAAUGUCGGGUUACCACAACAAGGUGGGGGUAAUGGAAAUUUCGGUGGAAAUGGAUAUGGAAAUGGAAACUGGAAUGGAGGCCAAGGAAACUUUCAGAAUCAAGGUCAAAGGCAAGGCAACUUUCAGCCAAACAGAGGAAACCAGAACAAUAAUCAGCAAAAUCAAGGGUCACGAACCGAAUUCAAGUUCCAAAUGAUUGACGGAUGGGUGGCGAACAACGUUCAGAUGUGCCAGUACUGUAUGUAUGGCAACCACCAGACCCAGGGAUGCAAAUUCGCCCACACACCACCGGAACAGAACCCAAACCUGUUUGCCUUCAACGAGUGGCAACGACUGCGCGGGCUCGGUGGUUGGCGCCAAGCGGUCGCAAAUGGAUAUGACCUGAUCACGCAAUGGUACCAGGCGAAAGCGAACUUUCAGAAUCAGCAAGGUAACGGUAACUAUGGAAACGGAAAUGGUGGUGGCCAGAAUGGCGGCUUCGGCCGUGGUGGCUUCGGCCGCGGCGGCUUCAGAGGAAGAAACAGAGGCUAUGGCCGCGGAAAUUACAGAGGCGGUGGAAAUGGAGGCGGAAACUACCAACAGGGUGGUGGCCAGCCAAACGGAGGUGGCCCAGUGAACGAGCAAGCGCAAGGAAAUGUGCAGGGCGCACAACAAGGUGGGGCGCCGGUUCAGGGAAACGGGCAAGAUCAGUAGGCACCGGUGAGCCUACUGAUCGACCCGACCCUAAACCACCGGAUAAAAGGGAAAGGUCACCACUGCAGAAUGGUACUGCAGUGAACGUGACCACUGCAACGGCUAUAUGGAUGCCGUCAGCGAAAAAGCAAAACGGACCGGCUAUAUGGAUGCCGCAACCACAAGAAACGGCUAGAUGGAUGCCGCCACAGCAAAGAGAAACGGCUAUAUGGAUGCCGUCAGCGCAAAAAGGAAAUGGAACGGUUAUAAGGACACCGUCGCAGAA